ACUGGGUAAUUUAAACAUAGAUUGCAUAACAAUCUAUAUAUAUAGAAAAUUGUGGCUUUACUCUUCAGAUUGUGAGAUGAAGUUAACCAGGACAAAACCAAUCUGGAUCGUCUCACUGAUUCUUGCAUUUCACAUCACAUCUGUACAACUAGAAGCUUCUCAUGAUGCAGAUUUGAGAAUCCUGAUCGUUGGAGUCAAAAGUGACUCUAGAUUCAGAGCUGCAGAUAUUCUGUUAGGAAGGAAAGUCAGCAGACAGAUGAUGAAGAGUGACGUCAUGACCGAUGAUGGUCGUGCAAUGAUGCUGGUCACUGGACCAAACCUCUGUGAGAAGAAUCCAGCGAGUCGGGACUUUAAAACAGCUCUGACUCUCUCUUCUCCUGGACCUCACGCUGUUCUGAUCACCCUCCAUCUGGAAGAUCUACAAUCUGAAGAGUGUGAUCUCCUCCAACAAGUCCAGGAGCUGCUGGGAACACAAGUUCUGCGGUACUGCAUCGUUCUUGUGCUCCAGAACGACCCGCAGAAACCUGACAGAAACACGGAGAGAGUUGGGGAAAUCAUCGAUGCGUGUCGAGGCCGAUUUCACAUCAUCACCGACUCUGAACCGAAACCUGCUCAAACUGCAGCUCUUCUAGAGGAAAUACACAAGUUAGUUUGGCUCAACGGAGAAACUUUUUACUCAACGUUGAACGAGAUGCAACGGCUGGAGCUUUUGAAAAGACUGAGAGAAAUCGAGACAAGACUUGAAGAUGAAGCCAGUCGAGAUGUAAAUGAAGAAAAUCUUCGCUCAUCUGUGAUAUAUGACACUUUAGGAGGCGCUGUUGGAAUUUUGCAAUGGAUUUUCAUCAUUUCAUCAGCAGUUUUUGUUAUUUUCACUAAAGUGAGGCACGAAAAUGGGAAUUAUGUGGCAGGAUUUGCAGCACUUCUUGUUUUAAUGGUCAUUUUAACAAAUACUCAGAAUCCAGAUGUCGCUAUACCUCUAAAUUUGGCCUUGUGCUCAUCAUUAGCAACUGUUCUUACAAUAAACCAUGUACUAAUUGCAAAGAUGUUAGACAGAUCCGAUUUACCAUACAGACCUAUCGUCGAGAAAAUCAUAUCACAUUGUUUCUUAUCUCUAAUAUUUCCAGGCACUGUAGUGUUGUGGUUGGUGUUCAUGUUAGGAUUAGCAUUAGCCUUUGGAACAUUUAUUAGCAUUAGGACGUGGUUGGACGUGCUCGUAGCAUGCCACGCUGCUCCUGGGAUCACAAUUGGAGUUUUAGCUUUCUUAUUUUUCACUAUUGGAAACACUAAAAUACUGAAAUGGAAAGAAAUAAUUAGCCGUGAAUUUUUGCUCUUAGUGCUCGCAUCAUUUAUGUGUUGUACAGUCGGUGCGACACUCUCAGUGACUGUGUUCACUCUGUUGAGUGUGAAGAUGACAUUAAUUCUGCUAAUGUUAGCGUUUAUUAAUGCAUAUUUCUUUUUUAACAAUGAAACUGUACUCGGUGCAAUCUGUCUAACUGUUCUUAUGCUGUUGUUUUCAUGUUGUUGUGUGCUUAUUGGUUCUCUGAUUCUUAUUUUAGUGACGUUAGUGAGUUUUCUCAAAGUAUUAAUAGUCAACUUGCUCAGUUCGUACUUGUUUUAUGUAGCGUUAAUGUUGGGUUCAUUCAUUGUAAUUAGAAGUGUGCAGACUGCACCAGAUCAAGUCAGGAAUAGCAACUAA